AUGUGGCUGCUCAGCACCGAUCGAGCUGAGCUACGCUUCUUCUCGACACCGGGACUUGUCUCUGGCGGAUACGCCAUCCUAUCCCAUACAUGGGAAGCCGGGCGCGAGCAGUCGUUUCAAGAGCUCCAGGCGAUCAUCGAACGAUGCAACAUCACUAACGAGAACCCCCGCGACGUCGUCUGCGACAAGAUCCGCCAGUGCUGCCUCUUGGCCGAGCGCAACGGCUACGGCUGGGUCUGGAUCGACACCUGCUGCAUCGACAAGACAAGCAGCACCGAGCUCUCCGAGGCCAUCAACUCCAUGUUCAUCUGGUACACCUGUGCCGAGGUGUGCUACGCUUACCUCUCCGACGUCCCUACCAACACCGUACUCGACGCGCCGGACUCCGCAUUCCGACGCGCCCGAUGGCACACCCGUGGCUGGACGCUGCAAGAGCUCAUCGCGCCUCUCAUCGUCAUCUUUCUCUCCUGCGACUGGACCGUCAUCGGCGACAAGCUCAACCUCGCCGCCCUCCUCAACCAGAUCUCCGGCGUCAGGAUGGAUGUCCUGAAGGCGGAGGUCUCGUGCAGCAUCCUUUCCGUCGCGGAGCGCAUGACAUGGGCGGCAUCGCGCAGCACGACCCGCGUGGAAGACGAAGCGUACUGCCUCAUGGGAAUUUUCAACGUCAGCUUCCCGACACUCUACGGAGAAGGCCAGGACGCAUUCCGGCGUCUGCAAAAGGAGAUCAUAAAGGUCUCGGGCGACACCAGCCUCUUCGCGUGGGGCUAUCGGCUAGGGUCAACUACUGUCGCGGAACCGCUCACCACCGACGAGAUGUAUCGCUUCUACAACUCUACCCCGGAGACGCACCUGUACCUGUUGGCGUGGUCACCAAAGGACUACCAACUCCUCAGGGCGAAUUGGACCGCGUUCAGCCCUCUGCUCAAUACCCCGAUUCAACCCUAUCUUCCGUGGCAGUGGAAACCUGAGCAUAAUGAGCCCUUGGAUGGUGUGCGCAGAACGCAAGGUCCGUUCAAGACGGUCGAACUGCCUCGCUUCUCGAUUUCACACCAAGGACUCGAAUGUCAUCUCCCUUUCUUCGAGGUUGAAGGCACCGAGAUCGCUAUAGGCGUAUUGCUCUGCGAGAGCCGGGGCGAGCAUCUCGGUAUCAUCCUCCAUAUAUCACGAGAGAUCCUCCAGGACCCUUCUCGGAAGACAUACAAUGUCGGUUUCAUCUUCAAGCGCGCUGGCGGCAGGAUUCGCGAAUACUUCCGCACCAUCAUGCUCGGCAACGACUUCUACAACCUCAAGUUCCUCGGAAAGACGUAUCAAGCGCACUGGCAUGACUUCAUCAUCGCUCCAGAACAGCCCUUGCACCGAACACGCGACCCGCUGUCCCUCUUCCACCCUCUGCACUCGCUUACGCCGCCCUCGCCACCAUUCCGCAUCCCGAACUGGUUCAUCAACCGCAUGGCCCUCCUCGGUUUCAUGACGCCUCCCCCGGGACUCACUUACGACGCCGCGCGCCCCGACGGGCCAAUGACGAUCCACAUGAACUUCACGGACUCCUCCUCCUCCGAGGGCUUCUACAUGUCCCUCGGAACCUGCGGCGGCGCCGACGGGACCGCGCGGCCCGUCGCGCACUGGGCGCUCGCCCUCCCGCUCACCGCGGAGAACUGGUACGACGACCACUUCCACACCACGCACGACUGCGCGCUGCACCACGUCGCGGACUGGGGCGAGGGCGCGACGCGGUCGUUCGGCACCGAGGAGCGCACCGUGGGGCUCGCGUUCCGCCGCGCGCCCGCGACCGCGCCCGGCGCGCUCGACACCCUCGUCCUCCACCUCGUCCUCGACGGGAGCGUGUACAGGGCGCGCGAGCGCGAGCGGCAGGUCGCGCUCCCCCACGCGCUCCCGGGGACGCAGGCGCAGCAGGGCGCGGCAUCGCUGGAGCCUGCUCGCGAGCAGGAGAACGAGACGGCGGUGGCACCUCUGGCCGCUCCACCGGUCUUGGGGGAUGCGCCCCGACUGUCGAUCUCGACCGACCCCGGUUUCGCUUCCACGGCGCCCGCGAUGGAUUCUCGUGGAUCGGGUCUUACGGGGAACGGGAGCGCGAGGGGCGCGAAGCCGUCGCGGUUUGGAAGCUUGCGUAUGCUAUGGCGGCGGUCGUAG